AUGCAAAAAUGGGGAUGGACAGGGAUGGCAGGAGGCCACUGAGUUAGUUCCCUUGGCAACAUCAUUGAAAUUGAUGCUGCUGAUUGGCUGCCCUUUGGAGAAGGGCAGGGCAGGGUGAGAGAUGAGCUCCUUAGAAGUCACGGGGUCUGUAGGGACAGCAUAGACUUCUUUGUCCCUUCCCUCCAGCAGCCUCUGCCAAACCAGGGCAGCAGUUCUGGGGGCUUCUGUGUCGCCCCCACCACUGGGAUGGCUGUUCCAGUGCUGUUGCUAGCCAGCGGCUUCAACCUGUGUUUCCUUAGUCCCGAGCCUUGUUUUGAGAAAGAAGGGCCCCCCCGCCCAGUUUUUAGCACAACAUGAAGGAGUUUGGUUCCUGCUGUUUGUAUAAUUGCAAGGCCCCAGCACAGGUAUUUAAGAACCAAAUGCCACGCUUGUGGGUAUGAGGGCGGAUCCUCCUAAACUGCUUUCUGUGAAUCCUCCUUAUGGCUCUACAAGUGUCAUGAGGCCUGAGAGCCCAUAGAAUGGGAUGUUCCUCACAGACUUUUAAAAGUUUGUGUUUUAUUGUUUACUGCAUGUCAGGUACAGUAUUGUAUAGCCUCCCCAUUUUGCAGAUGAGAAAACAGGCUCAGAGGGAAGAGCAGCUGCACCAAGAUGACUGCGCACACACAUGGCAGGAUUGGGAAUCGAAUGCCGAUAAACCUGAUAUUAAACCCUUACUCUUAACUGUCAUUGUUGUCUUCCUGAUCUUUUAUAGCGGAUGUUUUCAAACAUGUUUUGUUUUUAAUGAAGUAUAGUCGGUUUACAGUGUUGUGCUAAUUUCUGGUGUACAGCAUAGUGUUUCAGUUAUAUGUAUAUAUAAAACUUUUUUGAC